AUGGCAACAUUUGAUGAUCUCCUUGUAGAAGCAGGAGGUUUUGGUCUGUAUCAGAGAAGAGUGUUCCUCCUGAUAUAUCUGACCUCGGCCACGUUCUCCUGGCUAUACCUCGGCUUUGUGUUCCUAGCCGUUACUCCCGACCACUGGUGCAGGAGUCCUGGGGUGUCAGAACUGAGGGAGAAAUGCAACUGGACCCUGGAUCAGGAGAAGAAUUACACAUUGCCUGCAGGACAUCCUGGGAUCUCUUCAUACAGUCAGUGCGAAAGGUUCGACCUGGACUGGAAUUCCUCCUCCGUCAGCUGUGACAAUCCACUUCCCUUUGCCCAGAAUCACUCCCGAGAUCUCCCACUUACAAGGUGCCAGGAUGGGUGGGUUUUUGAGAACGGCUCGAUCUCCAGCAUUGUGACUGAGUUUGAGCUGGUGUGUGCUGACGCCUGGAAGGUGGACCUGCCUCAAGCUUGUCUCAACCUGGGCUUCAUGGUUGGAACAAUAAUCCUGGGCUACGCGGCCGACAUAUUCGGCCGCAAGUCCUGCUUCUUGUUUGCGACCUUUGUAACUGCGGCAUCAGGUCUCCCGCUGGCCUUUGCCCCAAGCUACCCCUGGUUUGUGAUCCUGCGCACUCUACAAGGGCUCUUCAGUCGGGGAGGAUGGCUGUCUGCCCAGAUCUUAAUGACAGAGCUGGUUGUGUCUGAACACAGGAGGCGGGCGGGAAUUUUGAACCAGAUGUGCUUCAGUUUCGGGAUCAUGGUCCUUCCAGCUGUGGCCUACUUCAUUCCAGCCUGGAGGAACUUGCAGCUUAUCAUCACCGUCCCAAACAUCCUCUUCCUCACCUACUACUGGCUGAUCCCGGAGUCUCCCAGGUGGAUGGUGUCCCAGAGGAAGGAGGCGGAGGCGGUGAAGGUUCUCCGGCAGGUGGCAGCGAGGAACGGGUCCUACCUGUCCCGGACAGCCAGGGUCACAGAUGUCCCACUCCAUGCUCAGAUCGGCCACAAUCGGGGGACCCUGCACCGGCAGUUGGGGACCAUUAUCAUUGAGAAGGAUGAUGGACAGGUGACCCGACCAUCUGUACUGGACCUGGUCAGGACCCCUCGGAUGAGGAAACACACUCUGAUUUUGAUGAUAAAUUGGUUCACCUGUGCCUUAGUGUACCAGGGGCUGGUCAUGCGUCUGGGAACUCUGGGCGGAAACAUCUACCUUGACUUCUUCAUCUCCGGAGCUGUGGAAAUCCCGGCCUCGGUCAUCGUCCUUCUUGUCAUUGAGCGGAUCGGCCGACGCCUUCCCUUUGCGACUGGCGGCCUGUUGUCAGGGGUUUCCUGCCUGAUAGCAGCCUUCAUACCCGAGAACAAGUACCACUCUGACUAUAUCCUGUGGCUGAAAACUGCCGUUACAUCCUUGGGCAGACUGGGAAUAACUGUUACCAUGGAAAUGGUGUGCUUUGUAAAUACAGAGCUGUACCCAACAUUCUUACGGAGCUUCGCCGUGUCGAUGUGUUCAUCACUGUCCGACCUCGGCGGGAUAGUCUCCCCCUUCAUCGUGUUCAGGCUGGCUGCUCUCUGGCUGGAAAUGCCUCUCGUGGUUUUCGGGGUGAUCGGUCUGGUCUCUGGAGGCCUGGUGCUUCUCCUGCCAGAGACAAAGGGAUUGAGUUUGCCCGAUACCAUCGAGGAGAUCGAGAACAUCAGCCGGUGGAAGAGAAACACUUUGAAAACAACCUAUCAGAAGGUUGUUCUUCAUUCAACAACACCGACACACAGUGCCAGCAGCAACUUGUGAAUGGAUUGGACCAUUAACCUCAGACACUAAUGUCGAGCUUAUACUUCACUCUGUAUUAUGUGUAAUGUUCCAAAUUAUAUGGGUUCUGAUAAAGUAGUUAGGAGCUGAUUCCACUUGCUGGAGGUCUGGGUGGUUGAACGCAGGUUUACUUUAAUCUACAGAAGAUCCAUCUGAGGAGGUUUGUUUAAGCAGUCAGUCAUUACACCAGUUGAAGGCAUGAUGUGAGUAGAUUCAUUCAUAUAUGGGAAAUUGCAUAGUUUAUACAAAGGGGGAUUGGACAAAUACCUAAACGGGGAAGAA